AAGGCUGGGCAUCUUCCCAGAAAAGAGAUGAGAGUGGAAAUGUACAGGAAGAAAAUAUUAGAUAUUGUGGAAUAUAGUUCAAUUACUCAAUUAGCUUUCUUUGUUUAUCCGAGGUGCCUCUCUUCCCUUGCAGUUAAUGGCCUCUUCUUCUUCUUCUUCUUCUUCCAUCACUCCUAAAAUAGAGUAUGAGGUUUUCCUUAGUUUCUGCGGUGUGGACACCCGGAAAAAGAUUACCAGCCAUCUAUAUGAAGCCUUUUGUCAGAAAAAAAUUAAAACUUUCAUCGAUGAUAAUCUUAUAAGAGGAGAAGAAAUUUCUCCAUCUCUCUUGACGGCAAUUGAACAUUCAAAGAUCUCGGUUAUCAUUUUCUCUAAAGGCUACCCUGCCUCUAGAUGGUGUCUCAAAGAACUUGAAGAGAUAGUUAAAUGUAAGAACAAGUAUGAUCAGAUCGUAAUACCGGUCUUCUAUGAAGUAGAUCCAUCUAAUGUCAGGAAUCAAAUGGGGGAUUUUGGGAUUGCAUUUGGUGAGCUGGAAAAGCGUUUUAUGGAUGAUUUGGAGAUGUUGCAGAGAUGGAGGACUGCUUUGAGGGAUGCAGCCAACCUAUCUGGUUUUGAUUCAAAGAACUACAGGAAUGAAGCAUCACUUGUAAAUAAUAUUGUUGAUGAAAUUUUGAGAAGAUUGGACUACGACUCCUCAAUAAUUCACACCAAGAACCUAGUUGGAUUAGAUUCAUCAAUUGAGGAGAUUGAAAAUUUAUUAUGUACAAAGGGUGUUUGCAAAGUAGGAAUUUGGGGCAUUAGGGGCAUAGGUAAGACUACUCUUGCUACUGUUGUAUUCAACAAAAUCUUUGGACAGUUUGAAGUUUCUUAUUUCAUUGAAAAUAUUAGAGAAGAAUUAGAGAAAAGCGGGGGAUUAAAUGACAUGUCCCAAAAACUUAGUCAUGCACUUUUAGGGGAUAUACAUCCCAAUAUUUGGUAA